UACAAGAUGGACAAGAGAUACACGUACUGGUGUACAAGUAAUAAGAAGUAAUCGUGGUGUAUUACAAUAUUUGGCAUUAGAACGUAAUAAGAGAUUAUGUAUGCCAUGGUAUUUAACAGAUCAUACAAACAAAUGUGAUUUUGAUGAAUGUGUACCAAAGAUUAUAAGCAGUUUAGUGACUCGUCGAGGACGUGCUAUACUUCCAGAGAAAAGAGUUGAAAGAUUAUUGAAACGUAUUGAAAAGGCUGAAGUUACACAG